UCCGUUUAAUCGCACCCAGAUUCAUGGAUCACAUCGAUUAGCUGUGUCUGACCCAGCAUCAACGCGCGUGCGCAGCUGUUGCUCUUCCUUUCUGCGAAAGGUGUUCGCUAUGGCGCCACUGAAAAAAACUGCCCCAAAAGGUGGCAAGAAGAAGAAGCAGGUCCUGAAAUUCACUCUGGACUGUACGCAUCCUGUGGAGGAUGGCAUUAUGGAUGCUGCCAACUUUGAGCAGUUCCUGCAGGAGAGAAUCAAGGUGAACGGUAGGGCAGGAAACCUGGGUGGGGGUGUGGUGACCAUUGAAAGGAGCAAGAGCAAGAUCACUGUCACCUCUGAAGUGCCCUUCUCCAAAAGGUACCUGAAGUAUCUCACUAAAAAGUACCUGAAAAAGAACAACCUGAGAGACUGGCUCCGCGUUGUGGCGAACACCAAGGAGAGCUACGAGCUCCGCUACUUCCAGAUCAACCAGGAUGAGGAGGAGGAGGAGGAUGAGGACUAAAUGUCCGUUUUGUAUAUUAAAUAAAUUCUUAGAUUUAUUUCA